GUGCUCCAAAUCUGCCCCCGACGUGUCUAGUAGUAUAUUCUAUGCCCCAGGAGAAGAAAAAAAAUCCCUGCCAGGGCACGUCUCGACUGUGACAGCCCCGCCCAUCAGUAGUCCUGUGGUUUUGCACCUGCCUCACCACCCCUGCCACUUUGAGCUCAGCCCUCCAGGAGCGCCUUCACCUGGCUGCGCCGCAGUGUUCACUCAGCUCUUCAACAAACUCAAUCCGCAUCUCCUGCGUGGCUCCAAAUCACGCAUCCCCCGCCUGCGUGGACAGGUAUGCGCGGAACACUUCCAGCUGAUGAGGACGGUGAGCGCGCACAGGUCGCUAGAGCCAGCGGAGGUGGAGAAAUCUGUGCGUCCUUUGGCUCCGGGGACAUGUGCUAAGUAACCGAGGAGGCGGAGGAGGAGGUGGUGGGGGUGCAUCAACAUGCACUAAAGGGAGAAAUCUGACAAGCAGGUACAAGAGCGCUCCGACCGGACCUUCUUUCUGAACUUUACACGCCCCAGCUUUGGCGCCAUGGCCGCGGCUCCCGCCGCAACUCUGGGGGAAGUUGGAGGCGUCCUGCAUGGCAUCUACGGCGUCGCGCAGGUCGGGUCCCACUUCUUCCUGACUCCUCCGGGGGACAGCCCGACCCUCCUGGGGGAGCACCUUCUACCUGGGGACAAGCUGUACCAGAGCAACCAGGCGGAUUUAACGCACCUGAAAGGCACUCUCAGGAGGAGGCAGCUCUACUGCAGAACUGGGUUUCAUCUGCAAAUACUUCCGGAUGGAACCGUGCAUGGGACGAGGAGGGACCACAACCGCUUUGGUAUUUUGGAAUUCAUAAGUGUUGCUGCAGGAUUGAUAAGCAUUAGAGGCGUGGAUAGUGGGCUUUACCUGGGGAUGAACGACAAAGGAGAGUUGUAUGGCUCUGAAAGGCUCACAGCUGAAUGUGUCUUCAAGGAGACGUUUGAGGAGAACUGGUACAACACCUAUGCUUCCAACCUCUACAAACACAGAGACAAAGAACCUUAUUUUGUGGGAUUAAAUAAAGACGGGACACCAAGGAAUGGGACUAAAUCUAAGCGGCACCAGAAAUUCACGCACUUCUUGCCCAGGUUUGUGGACCCUGAUCGCGUGCCAGAGCUGUACAGGGAUAUCCUGGGACACAGCUGAGACAGGGAGACCUGCUGGUUCAGAUCAGGAAAAGCUGCCUAAAGCCCUGGCAGGCGAGGAGGAGAAGAGAGGGGACGCAGGCGGGCGAUGAGGCCGACGCAGGCUGGUGGACAGCAGGCCAACCGGCAGGGAUAAAGGCACCGGGGCCUCUUGUAGGAAUGCAUGGGGCCAUCUCUCGGCAGCCACGAAGACAGGCUAGAUUGUCUUUGCAUGAGGGGCUCGUUUGUUUCCGAGGCCGGACUCAAAGUGACUGUGUGGAAAUGGAGACAAAUGGGAAACAGAGCUGAGGGGCUGCGGAGCAUCUCCUCUGUUGUCUGCUGAACUGAGACGUCAGCUGGCAUGGAGCUGUGGGAACCUGUAAUAUUCCCACAACGUUCCCAAGGUGCUCCGUCAGGGAGCCAUCGUGUGUUCAGAAGGACUUUGAAGGAAUUUUCUUGUUUUUUCCUUUUACCUGUAUGGAGACCCGUUUGAAAAGUAUAGACGUUUAUUUAUUCAUUUCAAAUACAUGUAUUUAUGCUAUAUAUUUAUUUAUUUGAGAAUAUAUUUUUACAUGUAGAACCCUGAAAUAUAGAAACACCACUAGAAACUGUAUCCACUAUAUAAAAACUGUACUUUUUUAUACUGGAAAAAAGCCUAAAAAAAUCAAAUGCCAGAAAAAGACUAAAACCUCAACUUUUGACUUUAAAAAAUUUUAAGAUUAGGCAACUGAUACAUCUUUUUAAAAAAUGGCAACAAAACCUUUGUUUGGAAAAAAGAAACCCACUUUUAAAGUUUAAACAUAUAAACUGGCUUGCAAAAAUCAGUGUUGUCUUUCUUCGUGGACGAAUCUCCCGCGUAAAAACUUCAAAGCUGCCCCCUGAACGCCAAGAGCAACGAGACCAUCAGGGCCAAAUAAAAUCUGACCUUUCGCUGAGGCCCUGUAGCUUAUAUAAAAGUGGAGGUCAGAGCGAUAAGGACUGAGUCACCCCUGCAGACGAUUUACGGGUCAUUGUUUGUCCUCUUGGACCACCAAAGAGAAGACAGCAUCCUUGUUUGCUGUCAAAUAUGAAAAAAAGUGUUUUAUUGGAUGUGAAUUUGUGAAUUUGGAUGCCACGCUCAUGUCUGUGCACAGUUUCCUUCACGGUUGGGAGCAGAUCUUUGUUGAAGCAUGAAAGCGCAGUCUGUGAUCUGAGCGUCAGCAUGUGUGUGUGUGAGGGGGAGAGUCAGUGGGGGUGCUUCGAUAUGGAUAAUCAACCCUGCUGCCAACUCUCUCCUGUCUGCGCUGCAGCGCAGUGGGACUUUCCCACCUGCACACCUUGAACAUCAACACGCUCCUGCUGUCGAUUAAUGACAGCAUCCUGAAGUGUAUUAUAACCUGCGCACACGUGGACAUCCCCCGUCCGUCCAGUAAACAGACUCAUUAUGGCAUGAAAGACUUGGUUUUCUUGUAUCUUUGAAGGGGGGGGAUGUUGCUGCUUGUCUUACAGAAGAAGCAGAAGUUCAGCUGGAAAAGUUGCACCAAAUCGCCCCUUUCUUCUUCCCCUGACUUCUUCUUUU